AUGUCGGCUUCUUGUCAAUCAACUCCUAAACAAUUGGGUGUAAAAAACGAAUUAUUAAGAGCUCAAAGUUGUUCACCAGUUCCUAAAUCAACAACAUCAAAAAAUCCAUUAACACUAAUAAAAGAUAUGUUUUCAAAGCAAAAAGUAACAUCACCUAAUAAUACUGAAAACCAUACACUCGAUGACAAUAUCUCACCAACACCUUUGGUUGCUCCAAAAUCAUCUCCAUCUCAAACAUCACAUAGACAUCCUUGA